AUUUUGCUUCCAUGGACGCCCCGCUUGCCCCCAAGUAAAAGCCAGAGUGUAGCACUCUAGCAGACCCACAUUACACAGAGAGAGAGAGAGAGUUGCGACGAACGACGACCAAGGUGCACAGCCAGAAAGAGACGACGCAAAGACGGAAACUUUCCCAUUCCCCAUACACCUCUCUCUCUCUCUCAAAAGUCGCAUUCCCCUCUUCUCUCCCUCCUCACGAACUCACCAGCCUCUUCUGCUUCCUGGGUACUCACUCUGCUGCAUAGAACCCACAUUCCGCUCCUAAUCAAUCGACCCCACUAAAAAAAUUCUUUGCUUUGGUUGGCAGUUUCAUUCUGCUUUGUUCCCCCUUUUCACCACCUUGCACCGUCUGUCUCUCACUCCUCUCGGGGUUCCUUUGGUCGGCUGCUCUCCUUCUUGACAAGUUUGACCAUGGCGGCGGGCGCGCGGCGGGCAGUCCUGCUGUGGGUUUUGCUCACAUUUCUGGCAAUGCUGCUGCUUCUUCCUCUUCCUCCGGUCACUGCUGAUUGCCCCUUGGAUUUAAGCGGUUCAAACUUCACAUUGGCAGCCUCAUUGUGUUCCAAGAAAGAAGACCGAGGGAAGUGUUGCCGCUACAUUAAUGCUUUCAUUGCAGUAUCAGCCUCCCGCUAUGCAAAUGCAACGGGCAACUUAGGGGUCCCCUCCAAUCUAUCAGAUACAUGUGUUGGGUCCAUCACUCAGACCAUGCAACUGUACGGACUUCCACAAAAUGCAACUCUUUUCUGCGGAUUUGGUACUAAAAUCCCGGUUCACUACGAGUGUAUGGAGCGAACUACAGUCGGCGAGAUGCUGCAGUCUCCAGAAUUUGAGAACGUUGUGCAGAACUGUGAGGUGCCAGUUUCAGGGGAAGCCGAUUGCAGGAAAUGCUUGAAUGCGGACAUUGUAUACCUUCAUCAUCUGGUUGGAACGGAUGACAAUGUCACAUUGAGUAUCUGCAGGGAUGCAGCUUUUGUUGCACUCACAAGCCGAGUUGAUGCUGCAACUACUGUUAAUUUCGCACGUUGUUUCUUUCAAGUUGACGGUCUUGUAUCUCCUCUAGUGUCAUCGCCUUCUGGAAACAUCACUGAAACUUCUCCUAGUCCUUCAUCUGCUGCAAGCCCCGACCAAGCUUUGUUAGGAUUACCACAAGAUGGCAACCAUCAUCACCCCUAUCACUUGACAUUGAUUCCUGGAAUCGGGAUCGGAGUUACACUGUUUGCUUUCGUUGUGUUGAUGGUUUUGGUAGUUCUUAUUCGGAAAAAGAGCAAGGAGUUAGAUGAUCCAGACAAUCUAGACAAGGCAUCUUCUAAAGCUUUUUCUGCUUGGACAACACGAAAAUUUCAACAAGGAUCUGCAGCGAUGUUUCGAAAAUUCAGCUACAAGGAAAUAAAGAAGGCAACAGACAACUUUACUACAGUAAUAGGAGAAGGAGGAUUUGGAGUUGUUUACAAAGCUCAGUUUAGUGAUGGGUCAGUGGUGGCAGUGAAGAGGAUGAACAAAGUUUCAGAACAGGGAGAAGAUGAGUUCUGCAAAGAGAUUGAACUUCUUGCUAGAUUGCAUCAUCGUCAUCUAGUCGCUCUCAGAGGAUUUUGUGCAGAAAAGCAUGAGAGGUUCCUUGUGUAUGAAUACAUGGCAAAUGGAAGCCUGAAGGAUAAUCUGCACUCUCCUGGAAAAGCUCCUCCAAGUUGGCAGACCAGAAUCCAAAUUGCUAUUGAUGUGGCUAAUGCUCUGGAGUAUCUCCACUUUUACUGCGAUCCACCUCUUUGCCACAGGGACAUCAAGUCCAGCAACAUCUUGCUCGAUGAAAAUUUUGUAGCCAAGGUUGCAGAUUUUGGACUUGCACAUGCUUCAAAAGAUGGUUCAAUAUGUUUUGAACCUGUAAAUACAACUGAUAUCAGGGGAACUCCAGGUUACAUGGAUCCUGAAUAUGUGGUAACUCAAGAGCUCACUGAGAAAAGUGAUGUGUAUAGCUACGGAGUGGUUCUUCUGGAGAUGGUCACGGGAAGACGAGCAAUACAAGACAACAAGAAUCUGGUGGAAUGGUCUCAAAUAUUCAUGGCCUCAGAAUCAAGACUACCCGAAUUAGUUGAUCCACGUAUUAAGGACUCGUUUGACUUUGACCAACUUCAAACUAUUGUCAGCACUGUGAGAUGGUGCACCCAGAAGGAAGCCACGGCUAGGCCUUCAAUCAAGCAGGUGAUCCGGCUUCUGUAUGAAAGCUCUGACCCCAUGCAUAGUGGGUUUGUUGAGGCACUGGAAGAAGAAGAAUUCGAAGGUAGGGGAAGAACAAAUAGUAAAGGGAAAACAAGUAGAAGUGGUGAUGUGAUUUUCCACAGUGGAGAUGCUAGAUGUCUGGCCUCUUCAUCAAGUACAUCAAGAUCACAUUGUAGCAGAACUUUUCUACUUGAAACUGGCUCUCCACAAUCUCCCCCCAACAUGUACUCCCUCUGACGAUACUUUGUCUACUAUAACUCCCAUUGACACUUAUGUUAAGUCUAGCUUUUUACAUAAUAGUAACCUUGCUAAAUGAAUUAAUCUCCACUGAGACAUGUCCUCCCUUUGGCGCUACUGAUCGUGGUGAAGUCCAAGGAGAUGCCAUCUUCACGUAUUUAUCGUUCUAAACUUGAACAAGACAAGCUUCCCAGAUUUGCAGCAACUGCUGGUUUGACAAAUGACAGGAUCCUGUAUGAUAACAAGACAGAAUGGAUUAGCUAAGUUCUCUUGUCCUUUAUAUCUUGCUGUCAGCAAUGGUUUAUUCUUCUUUGGAAUCCUCCUCCGAGAAGGAUUAGCUUUAGCUACCAACCGAACAUACUUUGAAGGAUUUCUUCAGUUUGUAACAGC